CAGUCCAAAGAAAGGGGGGCAUAAAAAAAAGUUUAGGCCAAAAGCCAUUAGCAAAGAAAAAAAAGAGAUUGCUGCAAAAUGCAUCUAAGCUUAGUACAAAGAAAACAGCUACAAAAAGUCAACCCCUUGAAGCCCACCAUUUUCUUUGCCUAUAUAAGUUUCGUAGAAAGCAAUCUUCAAUUCUCAUUCAAAUAAUCUGAAAAUCACUUACGUGUCUUAAAUCUUAAUUAUGCAUUCCAUAAUUAGUUGCAUGUUCUAAGAUUUUCUGUGGUAGCUUUAGUUAAUUUGUUGAGGAAGAAAAGGGCUCAAUCGACGCCUCUCCCUUCCCCCUUAAUCUUCUUGAUUCUUACUUUAUUCUUUGAUUCGAUCAAGGUAAUAUAUCUGCUAUUUUCAACGCUUGUUUUUUGUUGUUUAACUUCUAUUUUCAAUGACAUAUUUAUGAUUCUUAAUUUGGUUCCUAGCUAGUUCUGUAGUCUGUGAGAUGAAAGAAACUUUGAGUUGGCCUCACGUAAUACAUUCCAUUUCCAUCACCAACAUUUAAUGUUGCUCGAAUUCAGUUUCAUAUGAAAAAUUGCUAAUUGUGGCUUCUUUCGCGGCGAGGGUGGAGGCUUUUCUGAUUAGCCGCGUGUGUGUGUGAAGGAAGUGUGUUCACAUUAAUUAAUUUAAGCUUUUAUUAGAGGCUAACCCCAUGUGACCCUUUGCUGCAUUUUUCAUGGUGUUUAUUUUCCUUUCCUUCACACUUUACUCACCCCUUCCCCUAUAUAUGCCAAUCUUCAACUUAAUAAGCAUACAAGGUUGCAGCUUCCUUAUUAAUUUGUGUUGAUGUUUGCAUAGUGAAAAUCGUGAUAUGGGAAUGUCGAGAAACGUGAGAAGUGGUGAUUACUUGGAAGGAAUGCUGAGCGAAUACAUGGGCAAUGGGAAAGGGGCUAAGCUGAAGGUGCAAAAGAGCUCUCCAUCUCGGCUCGUCACGAUGCUGACAUGCCUACAGUUCGCCUUCGCCGUCUACGCCACUUUCCUCCUCUACUUCAUGAGCCCCGCCGUCGAUCUCCGCACCAAGCCCGACUUCUCCUGGGCCACCAAAAUCGCCCACCAGUGGAAGCAGUUCAUGGUCACCACCCCCCACACCGUCACCCAUUUCCAAGAGCCCGUUGUCCGGAUCUCCCCGCCCUCGGAGGUGUGCGAGCACGAGCAGAUCGACUUCGUGCAGAAGAAGUCCACCGACGAGGUGAUGAUCAAGUUCAAGAGCGAUCUCUACCACGACGUGCAAACCUUCCAAAAGCAGAGCAUUGGAACAGAGACGCUUCCGGAGUUGAUGAGGUUGAAAUCCAAAUGGGACUUGCACGGCCCCACCAUCCCGAAACUGACCGUUAUCCUCAAUCACUUCAAGCGCAAGACGCUCUGCGCUCAGCUCGAUUCUCUGCUGCACCAGACUCUCCCAUUCCACCAUGUUUGGGUGCUAUCCUUCGGCAGCCCCAACGAGCAGUCCUUGAAGAGAAUCGUCGAUAGCUACAACAAUUCGAAGAUCAGCUUCAUUAGCUCAACCUAUGAUUUCAAAUACUACGGCCGGUUCCAGAUGGCAUUGCAGACGGAGGCGGACCUAGUUUACAUUCUUGAUGAUGACAUGAUCCCGGGGAAGAAGAUGUUGCAGAUCAUGUCUCACGUUGCUGGAACUGAUAAAUAUAAGAAUUCUGUUCUAGGCAGUAUUGGGAGGAUCUUGCCUUUCAGGCAGAAGGAUUUUACCUUCCCUAGCUAUAGAAAGUUCCGCUCCAAGGAGGCCGGCUUGUAUCUGCCCGACCCUGCUUAUGAUAUCACUAUUGACAGAGUUGUGCAGGUUGAUUUCCUGUCUAGCUCGUGGUUCCUAUCUGCUGAGCUUAUUAAGACAUUGUUCAUCGAGACGCCCUUCACUUUUGCAACCGGUGAAGAUCUCCACUUGAGUUACCAGCUGCAGAAGUAUAGGAACGCGGGCUCGUUCGUGGUCCCUGUGGAUCCGAACGAUAAGGAGACGUGGGGUGAUAGUGAGCACAGGCUGGCCUAUGUGUCUGAGACUACUGUGAUCUUCAAAGACAUUGUUCAAGUUCGAGAUGAUCAAUGGUGGAAGGCUCUCUCUAAUGGGUAUGUGACGCAGUGGGCGGCUAUGUAUCCUCAGAAGAUCGAUGCACUCUUCUACGCCCACUCCAUCGGUGAGGUGAAGGCGCUCGCCCCUCUGCUUGAGAAGUUCAGGACGACCGUGGGGAAGAAGGCCUACAUUGUGGUGUCCGGGGGCAGUUUCUGCCCCUGUGAGGAGGCCGCUGUGGCCCUGAAAUGGCCUAAGGCGGUCUGCAGGGAGAAGAGGUUCAAGAUCUUUGAUCUCGGGAUUGGGGCCAUCUCGGGCAGCCUCUCAAACUCGGAGGUCCCCGUGUUGCAAGGCGUGUACGCUAGUAUGAAGGGGCUAAUAAAGAUCCACAACCCUAGCGUCGUGAUCACUGUCUCGGACAUCGACUCCAACGUGAAGAACGCGCUCAAGAUGGCAACGGAGUCGACUUCUGUCGACAAGAAUGGCACCACUUCCACAUUGGUGCUCUUGCCACGAGCCUCGGUCACAAAGGCACUCUGGAUGGCCGAUCUCCGCCCCACAACGCUUCCUAAUUGGAACAAAAUGAGGCUGACAAUAAGCAUCAUCACACAAAACCGGCCCACAUCCCUAGCCCGGCUGCUCAACUCCAUAAAGAACGCGUACUACCUAGGCGACGAGGUGGCCAUCAACUUCAACAUGGACAGCAAAGUCGACGAGGCCACACUAAAACUAGUGAACGCGUUCCCAUGGCCACACGGCCCCAAGGUUCUACGCAGGCGGAUCAUCCAAGGAGGCCUAAUACGCGCUGUGAGCGAGAGCUGGUACCCUUCCUCAGACGACGAUUUCGGCCUUCUACUAGAGGACGACAUAGAGGUCUCCCCAUACUUCUACCUCUGGAUCAAGUACGCCCUACUCGCCUACCACUACGACCCCCAAGUCUCCCUCCCUGAGCUCUCCUCCAUAUCCCUCUACACGCCUCGUCUCGUGGAGGUAGUGAAAGAGAGGCCUAAAUGGAAUGCCACAGACUAUUUCAAACGCAUCCAUCCAAACACGCCCUACCUCCAUCAGCUCCCCUGCAGCUGGGGCGCAGUCUUCCUGCCAAAGCAAUGGAGGGAAUUCUACGUGUACAUGAACAUGAGGUUCACCGAGGAUGCAAAGGCGAACCCGGUCCAAAUCCCAAAAUCAAGAACCAAUGGGUGGCAGGCCUCAUGGAAGAAGUUCUUGAUCGACAUGAUGUAUUUGAGAGGUUAUGUUACUCUAUACCCGAACUUCCCGAACCAGCAGAGCUUCUCGACCAAUCACAUGGAGCCGGGAGCUCACAUAAGUGCCAAGGACAAUGUUGUGAAGCAUGAUAAGUCAGAUUUUGAGGUGCCGUUGAUGAAGCAGGAUUUUAGGGCGUUGCUACCUAAUGGGAAGAUGCCACCUGCGUCGAAGCUGCCGUCUUUGAACUUGUUCAAUCAGGCUCUGUCUUUGAAGGGGUUGAAGGGCGCGGGGGCGAAGCUGGGGCAGGAUGUGCUUGAGUGCAGUGCGAGUGAGGUGGUGAUGGUGAAUCAUGAAACUGGUUUGCCUUCACAUUGUGCCAGAUUCUGAUGAGGAUAUUUAGAUCAUCGAUAAAAUGUCAUUCGUUUUUCUUUUUUUGCUUCAUUCAUGAAAUUUGUUUGUUGUAGUAGUAAUAUAUUUAUAGAGAUUGUGUGGACAAUGCAGGGGGAGUGUGUAAUUGUACAGAAACAAUUAAUUGGGUCCCUAUUUGAUGAAAGACA